AUGACCGUCCCCAUCGCCAAGUCCUUCUACGACCUGAGCGCCACCUCCUUGCAGGGGGACAAGGUGGACUUCAACGUCUUCCGGGGCCGCGUGGUCCUCCUGGAGAACGUGGCGUCCCUUUGAGGCACCACGGUGCGGGAUUACACCCAGCUCAACAUGCUGCAAGCCCGCUACCCCCGGCGGCUGGUGGUGCUGGGCUUCCCCUGCAACCAGUUUGGCUAC